AUGGUUGACACUUCCAGUAACCAGCACCCUAGCUUCACAGAAUCCAAACCAAAGUCAAACAUCAAUCCCGCGUUCAGGUUUCUUGGUAUUGUGACCUCUUGGCUGAAAGCUCACCUCAGUAACUCUCGAGCUGGGGCAGUUCGAAUCCCUGUGCGGAAGGUAUCAGCGACCCCUAGACGACAAGAAAUGUCCUCCUACCUGCCACAACUGAAGAUCGACGUUCAAGCACGAGUCCUACCCGCAUUUCAACAUUUCAACAGCAACUCUACGACCAGACAUAUCUGA